AGCACAGGCAUAGGCCUGCCUUGGGAUUGGAGCGCAGGAGCUCGUGGUUUAUGGUCGCCGUAAUUUCCGCUCUCGUCAUCCGAUCCGAUCCGCGCCGCUUGAAGCAGAGCCACGGCAGCUCCUAACAUGUCCUCUAAACCAUAUCACCCGCUCGCCUCCUUAGCAUCUAGCGACUCCGCUCCUGCGCCUUCACCCCAGCCUUUAGGUCGUGAGUUAUACGGUAUAGGCCGUGGUCCCGGUUCAGGCUCGGCUCGUGCCCUGUCUUCCGGACCAGGCUCGGAAUCUGCCUCGGCGCAACAAUUGACAUCCGCGACAUCGCAAGGGGCUCACCUCGUGGGGCCGGAAAUUGCGGGAGGAUCUGCUGGUCCGGCGGCGCGAGGAAUCGCUGGGAGCGCGAAGACGGGUUCUGGCACGGUUUCCGUCGCAGAAAACGGCGGAGAUGACGUGGAGCGAUGGAGGGAGGCUGUUCAGGGGCUUCGCGACGCGGAGAGCAUGGUGGGGGCGCUAGAGCAGCUGCUGCUGGGGUCAGAUACACUGUAUCUAGACGCUAAUGCGAUGCGAUCGGCGCGGAGUGUGCACGACGGGCAACGGCAGCUGCAUGCGCUGAAUCGGCGUGUGGCGGGACUGCAGGGGGAGCUGGACGCGGCAGUGGAGGCGGCGAGAGAGGCGAGGGCGGGGAGGCGGGAGAGCGAGGAGGAGAGGCGGAGGAUGAAGGACGCUCUGGCGCAGGCGCAGAGAGACAUGGAGGCCACCUCGGGCGUGUUUGACCUGUACACGAGUGAGCUGCGGGGCCGGCAGCAGCAGCUGGAGCGGGCAGAGGAGGAGGUGCGCCACCUGCAGGCACGCCUGCGCUCCGCAUCCGCCCACCCGUCCGCCUCCGCUCACUCCUCUGCUCAAUCCGCCUCUCAUUCCUCUGCCUCCGCCGCCUCCUCUGUCUCAUACUCCUCGGCUUACGGCUCGGCCCACUCCUCUGCGUAUGCCUCUGCUGCUUCCUCUGUCUAUGGCUCGGCUGUAGAUUUCGCUGCUUCUCCUGCUGCUGCUGCUGCUACUGGCACUUCUCACGCUGCUGGUGCUGCUCGUGCCGGUGCGGUGUCUGCAUGGGUUGCUGGUGCUGCUGCUAGUGCGGGGGUGGUCUCUAAUGGUGGCAGUGGCAGUGGCAGCGGCAGUGGAAAUACUCCCGCUCAAGUGGCUACCACCACUGACCAGUCUCUGCUGGUGGGCUCUUCUCCUCUUCAUUUGACCUCCCAGCCGCCCACUUCACUGCACAGCCAGAUGUUAGGAGAAGGGAGGGAAGGGGGGAGUGAGGAGGGGGCGGGCAUGGGAGGUGUUGGGGUCCUGGGGGAGGAGCGAGAAGAGGAGGCGAGGGAUGUGGGGACAGGCGAGGAGGAAGGGCAGGAGAUGGGGAGUGUUGGAAUGAGUGGUGGCAGUGGUGGUGGCAGUGGUGGUGGCAGCGGUGGUGGCAGCGGUGGUGGCAAUGAGAGGGUUAAUAAAUUGGUGGAAGGUGCUAGUGAGAUGGGAGAGGAGGACGAAUUUGUGGACUCCCUGCAGUGAGCUUCUUUACUAGCGCUGCAUUUGUACCAGAACUUCUGCUCAUUAUUUGAGUAGUACCGUACAGUACAUGAUUCUGAUAUGAUGCUCAACUUUACUAUGGCCAACACUGCAG